AUGUUAUUAUUUUAUAUUAGAAAAAUAAGGAUGAAUUAAUGGAGCUAGAUAGCUACCUAAUUUAAAUAAAAUAUUAAAUUAUUUGAUCGAAUAGAUGAGUCUGAAUUAUGCAAGGAGUCGAGUUUUGAGAUCAAUUAUUAGAUGAGAAAUAUCAAAUAAAAGAAGGAGAGACCCAUAGAACCAGACUAGCCAGAUCCAGAUGAAUGUUGUGGUUCUGGUUGUUAACGAUGUGUGUUGGAUGUUUACUAUGAGAAAUUAGAAUAAUAUGAGAAAGACUUAAUGGAAUGGUUGGCAGAGUAAGAAGAAGAUUAAGAUGAUGAUGGAAGCAAUCAAAAGAGUUGAAUUAUUGUGGUUCGCAUCAAUGAUGAUAAUAU